AUGAGGCAGGCGAUUAGGGUUAGCAGCGGCCUUGGAAGGCUGGCGAGACCGUUCGGGAGCUCAAGCUCGCAAGCUCCGUUCAGGGUUGCGUCUGCUAGUACAGCCGUCCAUGAGAGAGGAUUCGCGAGUUUUAGGAAGACGGCGUCACGGCCUGUUGCUAGGGAGGUGUGCAGGGUGGCGGGAUCACGUCGGAGCUUCAGCAGCAAGAAGCGCGUUUUUGAGGCCGGCGAGACACCGUCUUUUGCCUUUGCGUUUGACAUCGACGGCGUCUUGCUGCACGUGGCCAAGCCCAUCCCCGGGGCGGCCGAGUCACUACAGUUCCUCAACGACAACAACAUCCCCUUCAUUCUCCUCACUAACGGCGGAGGCAAGCCCGAGGCCGUCCGCGUGCAGGACCUCAGCGACAAGCUUGGCGUGCAGCUGUCGGUUGAUAACUUUGUCCAGUCACACACCCCGUUCCAGGAGCUGGUGCAAGGCCCUGAGGGUCUCGGCGACAAGACCAUCUUCCUGACGGGCGCGGACGCCAAGAAGUGCCGAGAGAUUGCAAAGCUGUACGGCUUCAAGAACGUGGUUACCCCGGCAGACAUCAUCAGCGCGCACCCCGACGUCUUCCCCUUUGAGCGCCUAAUGAAGCAGGUCUACGCCGAGACGGCGGAGCCGCUGCCAAAGCCGAUCCACAGCGGCAACAUGCGCGACGCGGACGCGCUCAAGAUCGACGCCAUGUUCGUCUUCAACGACCCGCGCGACUGGGCGCUCGACAUCCAGAUCAUCACGGACCUGCUCCUCUCGCGCGACGGCAUCCUGGGGACGUACUCGUCCAAGAACGGCGACAAGGCGCUGCCCAACCGCGGGUGGCAGCAGGACGGGCAGCCACCGCUCAUCUUCUCGAACGCGGACCUGUUCUGGUCGACGACGUACCACCAGCCGAGGUUCGGGCAGGGGGCGUUCCAGGCGGCCGUGGCCGGGGUGUGGUCCGAGGUGUCGGGCGGGGUGGAGCUGCAGCGGACGGUGUUUGGCAAGCCGUUUGCGACGACGUACAAGUAUGCGGAGCGGGUGCUCAACGCGCAUCGUCAGGCGUUGCUGGGGAAGCAGGGCGGGCAAGGGUCUUCUGCGCCGUUGAAGACGGUUUACAUGGUGGGCGAUAACCCGGAAAGCGAUAUCAGGGGAGCCAACGACUUUAGCAGCAAAGAGACGGAAUGGGCAUCGGUGCUGGUCAAGACGGGCGUCUGGAGCCAGGAGAGGGGGGCGCCGACGCACACGCCCAAGAUGAUUGUGGAUGAUGUCAAGCGGGCGGUUGAGUGGGCGCUGAAGAGGGAGGGAAGGCCAGUCAACAUUUAG